AUGGAUGACAUGGGCCGUGCGGGUUCGGAUGAGCUAGACAGGGUGUUACCGGGCACGGCGCACCGUGGUCUCCAAGGGCGAGUGUUGUCAUCAUCGAAGCGCAAGCGAGCGAGAAUGCUGUUGGAAGGAGUCCAAAUCUGCAGAAGCCAAGAGCUGAGUAUGGAGCUCCGUACGUCGGUGGUAGGAUAUCCAUUCUUGGACAGGCGUACCGGUGGAGAUGCGGUGGUUGCCCUCCGCCGCGCCGUGCCGGGAACUUUACCUGCCUUGGGACUGAAGUCGGAGGUGCCAGAAUCUCUCGUAAAAGAUAACUUCUCAUUUCCGAACAGAACCUUCUUCCUCCCGAUUAUUCGCCUGGAUACGCCACCUUUUACAGGCUCUCAGUUCCCAAGUUACAACACUACUAUCAGCCCCGCCCGCGAUCAUCUGUUUGGGUUCCAAUCAGCGACGGAUGACCCCUGCAGCAUCAUCGCCGGGCGGCCGAAAUGCCCACCUUGGCGCUGCUACCCUUGUCCAGGCUACCUGGAUCGUGGAGCAACCACGCUGGGCCUCGCCUUCUCGACGCCAGUCAACGUGGUUUACUGCACGAUCCUAGCCCGUUCAACUACCUCAACCGCCAUAUCCAGAAUUGCAAAUGCCGGAAAUGACGGGACUAUGGUUCAGAAAAACGGUGACAGAACCAUUGCAUUCCCGCCGGAGAAGGCCGUCCUCCACUUUUCACCAUUGAGUAGCUGGAUCCCGACCUUCACGAUAGCCAAUCUGGACUCCUCCUUUGAUCACGCGGAGGCCGCACUCGCAAUCAAUGUGGGUCAACCUGUUACGAGUCUGCACCAGCACGGUGUCUUUCGACUGGCAACUGGAUACGCAGUAUCAAUUACCUCGGUUCCCCGCACUGGAAUGAAUCCCGUCUAUUCACUCCACCGUCGCCAACUCACCGCAACCACGAGAACAAGAUUACCACCCCUCCAAUCUCCUGAGACUCAUGAGCCCAAGGUCGCCUUCAUGGUGGGGUUAUGCAAUUUGCCUAUAGAUCGACGAGCGGGCAAAGGGUUUACUGAUUCCACGACACCGCCGAUCCCCGAGCGUCGCUGGACAUCGGAGAAUUUUAGACUUUUCUCCUUCUUCCUUCGCUACCAUCAUACCAUCCCGCAAUACAGGAACCGUGAUCGACAUCACCACUACCAAAGCCGGAAGAUAUCGGAAAAAGGACGCGGCAACGGGAUCGAGGCCCGGGGUUUGCAGCUGACUCUCAACCCACGUUAUCAGGCAGAUCUCUACCCAACAAUCAAAUCAACCUUGGUACGAUCCGUCCCAGCCCUCCUCGUAAAAGGGGAGAUAUGGCAUAAUGUGGCUGGAGUCGUAAUCGACCACGGGGCCACUCUAAGACCUCUUCGCCAGUUAUGCAUGCCUGUCGAUCCUGUCGCCUCCUCUCCUCAGCCUGGAUCAUUCACUAAAUCUAUGGGACGUUUCACCACGCAUUCCACUAACCGCGCCUCCACAUAUUCAGACUUCCGCCUCCACAAUGUUCCAAAGAUACAGAGACCUCGUAAUCGAUCUUCUUGCCCACGUCACAGACAUGGACUAUCGGCGUCUCCGAACCCCGUCUCAGCUCUAGAACCCUUGACGUGGAAAGACAAUGAUUUGACAGAUCAUCUAUAUGACGAACUCAUUGUCCAAGGACCCCUUUGUCCGCUGAACCGUGGUUUGCAUCUUGGACUAUCUACAAUGGCACCGGGGAUGGGUGUACCCUGUGGUAGGCCCGUCCUGGUCCAGCAAGGGAUGACUAGAGAGUCCAGACUAAGUGGAGCAACUCUGGAUCUGAGUGAUACGUACUUGGAGAUGCCGUUUCCGGGAAAGACGAUCCUGGAGAGGCGAAUCCCCGGAAAGAGACAAAAGCCGGGAUUUGGAGAACACGGGGCUCGCCUUCUCUUCGGACUGGGCCACGUUGUGUCAUGCCUUGGGAGUAUGGAGUCGGGUGGUGCUUGUGCUGGGGUAGACCCUGGGGUAUACGAGGGCGGUAUUGCAGUGUGA